AUGAAGGCCCGGAUGAUGUCAAUUACGUUUAUUACAGCUUCUUCGAUGAUACUGCCCCGGUCAGGGAAGUGUCAAUCUAGCGCAAUUGUGAGAACCCAAGUCAACUUCGAAGGAAUUCACCAGACCUACCGCUUGACCAAGCUCACCUCUGCCGCCGCAACCUCCCUCACUAUCUGUGCUAGUUACGAAGACGAAUUUGAUAUUGCCUCGAACAGCAAUUUCUCCUAA